GCCUUCCCGGAGCCGUCAGCCGCCGUCCUGCCCGCUCCUCUUCCCUCCCAACUAAGGGAAUCAGCUCGUCCCAGCGGGGCGAAGACCCCAGGACUCGGGCCCGCCGUUGGAGUUUGGGCAGAAUUCCCGCCGGCCCCGGACUUUUCCCAGCAGUCGUCGGGCAGAGCAUGGCUCCCUGGGCCUCCCCUUGCAUCCUGGUAGCGGAUUAAAGAGAAGCCCGUUGGAAGCUGGCAUCAGGGCGCUGAGAGGUGCGUGCCAACGAGCUCACCGACGUCGCCAUAGAGCGAUGGGCACGGGCCCCCCAUAGUGUCGGCUCCGACCCAGACCUCCGUCCGCCCGUCCCACUUCCGCGUGGACUCGGAACGAUCCCAGGAUUCGCCUGCAAGAUGAGUGACGCCAUGUGGAUCUCCCUCAGCCCCACGGAAUUCACGCAACUCCAGCAAUAUUCUGAUUAUUCCACCAAGAAGCUGAAGGACGUUUUGGAAGAAUUCCACGGAGAUGGAGUCCUAUCCAAGUAUAACCCGGAACUGCCCAUUGACUAUGAAGGAUUCCAGCUCUUCAUGAGGACGUAUUUGGAGGUGGACAUUCCUGAGGAGCUUUGUCAGCACCUCUUCAUGUCCUUCAAACGCAAGACCUGCCAGCCGUCACCUGACUCCCAGAGGCCCAGUUCCAGUAUUUCCCAAAUUGAUUCCAAGUCUCUGGAUACAGGGAUCUCCAUCCAGACUGAAGUAGCUUGUGCUCCUGUUACAGGGAUCAAUGGGAAGACACUCCUCAGUGCCAUGGGCAGGCACACGCCUGAAGCCAAAAGCUCCUCGGGGAACCUCUCGGAAUUGCAGCCGGCAUCGCUCGCCCCAGCGCCCAUGUCCAACAUCAGCAUCAUGGGCAAUGUCUCUCCAAGCUGGUCCAGGUCAUCCUCCCAGAAGUCCAACGCUGGUACCCCUUCAGCUCAAAACUCCUCAGGUUCUUCCAAGAUCUCCUCGGGGUCGCUCCUCAGCCCACAGUCUCCAGGCUCGAGGAGCUUAGAGAAGAAGAAAACCUUUAACCUUCGAAAGAGUCACAACUCCCUGAAAGCCGUCUCUCUGCAUCCUCCUGCCCCGUCGACCCAGGUGGUCUACCUGAAAGACAUUGUUUGCUACCUGUCGCUUCUGGAAAGGGGUCGGGCUGAGGAUAAAUUAGAGUUCAUGUUUCGUCUAUAUGACACGGAUGGUAACGGCCUCUUGGACAGCUCGGAGUUGGAUCGGAUAAUCAACCAAAUGGUCCACGUCGCAGAGUACCUGGAGUGGGAUGCGACAGAGCUGCGGCCCAUUUUGAAGGAGAUGAUGGAGGAAAUUGAUUUUGACCAUGAUGGGACCGUUACUCUGGAAGAGUGGAUCCGGGGGGGCAUGACCACCAUCCCUUUACUGGUCCUACUGGGAAUGGAGACGAAUGUGAAGGAUGACGGGCAGCACGCUUGGAGACUGAAGCACUUCAAAAAACCGGCCUAUUGCAACUUCUGCCGCACGAUGCUUCUGGGAGUCCGGAAACAGGGCCUCUGCUGCUCAUUUUGUAAAUAUACAGUCCACGAGAGGUGCGUAUCCAAAGAGAUCGCGGCAUGCAUCAGCACUUAUGUGAAAUCCAAAAAGAACACCCAUGUGAUGCAGCACGCGUGGGUCGAAGGAAACUCCCCAGUUAAAUGCGACCGGUGCCACAAAAGUAUCAAAUGCUACCAGGGUAUUACUGGGCUACACUGCGUAUGGUGCCAAAUCACACUUCACAACAAAUGCGCCUCCCACAUGAAGCCAGAGUGUGACGGCGGACACCUCAAGGACCACAUUCUACUGCCUUCCUCCAUAUGCCCCGUCGUCCUGGACAGACAGUCUCACACUCGGAAAUCUGACAGUGACUCGCCAGCCAGUACCAGUCCGGAUGACCCCUGCUGCCAGGCCUUCAAAUUCAAUACCACCACUGUGGAUGGGCAUGGACUGCAGAUCACCCCCACUCCGGGCACCCAUCCUCUGCUGGUGUUCGUGAACCCCAAGAGUGGAGGGAGACAAGGAGAAAGAGUCCUUCGGAAAUUCCACUACCUUCUCAACCCCAGACAAGUUUACAACCUGGACCGCGGGGGCCCUGCGCCAGGAUUAAACUUUUUCCGUGACGCACCAGACUUCCGUGUGCUGGCCUGUGGAGGGGAUGGGACUGUUGGCUGGAUCUUGGAUUGCAUUGAUAAAGCCAACCUGCUGAAACACCCGCCGGUAGCCAUCCUGCCUCUGGGGACAGGGAAUGACCUUGCGAGGUGUCUCCGCUGGGGAGGAGGCUAUGAAGGUGGCAGUCUGCUGAAGAUCCUGAAGGACAUCGAGCACAGCCCUGAGGUGAUGCUAGAUCGAUGGCGUAUCGAAGUCAUUCCCAAUGACAAGGGGGAGAACGGAGACCCUGUUCCAUACAGCAUCGUCAACAAUUACUUCUCCAUCGGUGUGGAUGCAUCCAUCGCUCACAGAUUCCACAUGAUGCGGGAGAAACAUCCUGAAAAGUUCAACAGCAGGAUGAAGAACAAGCUGUGGUAUUUUGAAUUCGGCACCACCGAAACUUUCGCUGCCACCUGCAAGAAGCUCCAUGAUUACGUAGAGAUUGAGUGUGACGGGACACUUCUGGACCUGAGCAGCGCCUCUCUGGAGGGCAUCGCUGUGCUCAACAUUCCCAGUAUGUAUGGAGGCUCCAAUCUAUGGGGAGAGACCAAGAAACAACGCAGCUACAACCGGAUGAGCAAGAAAGGGCCUGAGAAGCUCCACUCCACCGUGGUGACCGACGCCAAGGAGUUGAAGUUCUGUGUCCAAGAUCUCAGUGACCAGCUCCUUGAAGUAGUGGGACUCGAAGGAGCAAUGGAGAUGGGACAGAUCUACACUGGACUGAAGAGCGCUGGGAAAAGACUAGCUCAGUGUUCCUCUGUGACUAUCAGGACCACAAAGCUGUUACCCAUGCAAGUGGACGGAGAACCCUGGAUGCAACCACCCUGCACGAUUAAAAUCACUCACAAAAGUCAAGUGCCCAUGCUCCUGGGACCGCCGCAAAAGAGCAGCUUCUUCUUCCUCAAGCGAUGGAACCGAACCCGAGACUGAACUGAGAACCCAAAUCCCCAGCGAACCAAGGACCCGGACUCUUCACACACAUACACACACACACACACCUCUCCUCCCCCUCCCACCCUCCUCCCCGCCCCCCAUCAGCCAAGGCGAGAGACCCCGGGAGACCUUCGUCUCUUCCUCUUUCCAAACCGCGUUAGAGUUGGAGUGGGCACCACACGCGGCAUCCGUGCGAAAUAGAGUCUCGGUUGCCAGCUGGUUUCCAGCGGUGUGGUUGGCUUGCGUUUAGGUUGGGGAAACAUUCCUGGGAGGUGCAGAGCGGAUGGAUAUAUGGAUUCAGGAACUGAGACGCCCCUUCCGACCAGCUCCGCCGUUCCCUCGUCCUAAGAUGAAGGGACCUCGAAAUCAGAACGAGCAAGCUGCGGGGUUUCCAUCCAGGCUGAAAUCCUGAGCUGGGCCAAGAAAAACAGUUCCUGCACCAGGGAGCUCAGACAAAGCUCCAUCUGUCCGGAGACAAAAUGGCCUGACUCGAAGGGAACAUAAUCUCGGGGCCCAGUGCUGCAAAUCCAAGCCGCUUCCUUCGAACGGCGACGCCUCCCUGGAGCUGCCUAGCGGGUCGGAGUGCGGCGAACGCCGAGUUUCCCUCUUUGGCUCGGCUUGAGCUGUCAACAGCCACUGUUUCUUUCCUGCAGCUCCUCCGCGAUGGUUCUUACUUAGAGAGCACCCACGGGAGCUGGGUGCGAAACCGAUCCCCCGGCACCCUUCGACGCGGUUUUUGUUUUCUCGGUUUUAUGAACCCCCGGAAGGGGAAAAGGUAGAAUCGGGUUUUGGUUUUCCAAUCAGGGGCACGACUCGGAGGUGAAGCCCCCACUUGGAUCUGAAAGUGUGUUUCUUGUUUGAGGCUCAAGUCCUGGUGGCGGGCUGCUCCUGGAGACGGGAAGCCAAGGAAAGAGAAAGUUCUUCGGGUUCGGAUCCCAGAGCGAACCCAGGCCAGGCCUGGAACACACGGGACAGAAUCGAUCGGUCUCUUUGGGGCUUCUCCCGGUCUCCCCUGGGACUUCUCUGUGUCUUUAUUUAUGUAUUUAUUUAAAGAUGGACUUCCUGAAGGAGAAGAAAUCAAGUCAAAGGGGAAGAGAGGUGCUUGGAGAAGGAGCGAGAGGCUAGCUAGUUUUAUCAGCGGCUUAAUAAAAAUCAGGACCCCAGUUUAUUGUCAUGGGAGGUUUCGGUCACAGUAAGAUUUUCGGUUUGGAGGUGGGCUUUCGCUCUGAUGCCCGUUCGGCAGCAGGUUAGGGCUCAGGGCCGAGGCUGAAAUUCACUCCCAACCUGCGGUCGAAGAAAGGCGAGGUGGGGCCGAAAAGUUACUUGCAGCUUCUGGAGUUGAAAGAGGUGGUCUCGGCUUAUUGGAUCUCUCUCAGCGUUUCCAGAAGCUUCCACAGUGGAAGGAUGAGAUUGGUUGGCCCUCCUCAGUAAGGAUCCAGGCCAGGUAAAGCCAUAGUGGUGCAGGUUAGGACCAGCCGAGCUGUCUGGGUAAAGUGUCAUUUCCACCCAGCUUCUUCCUUUCCCAGUCCUCUCCCAGCUCAGCUCUAAAAAAUGAUUUUUUUUUUCCUGGAUCCCUAGCAUUCAUUUGCACAGGUCACCGUCACUUGUCCCUAGCAUGAAGAGGAGACACCUGCUCUAUUCCUAGCAUAUCCCUUACUGUGAAUUUUCCAGGAGCCUCAUCCUGGCUGACUUUCGCCAACCCUAACUAACACAGUGGUUGUCUGGGUAGCAUGGCGAUGUAGAGUCUCCUCACGCCCCCGUUGUCUGUGCUUUUGAAGAGCGGGCUCAGUUCAGGAAAGACCAGGUAGGGCUUGGAGUGGCAGGGAAUCGUUCCAGAUGGGUAGGGAGAGUUUUCCGAUCUGGUCCAUCAUGCAGCCGGGGGCCUAGGCCGAAAGAUGAGGCCUGGACAGUCAGACUUGGAAGGAGAAGCCUGUUGAAUACUCUCUCUAGUGAAGCAUUGUCCACAUUGGCAGGACGAUCUGCUCCUGAUAUGACCGAGAGGCAUUCGAUCAAUCAAUCAAUCGAAUUUAUUGAGCGCUUCCUAUGUGCAGAGCACUGUACUAAGCACA